UUUACCGGAAGGAAACGAGCGUGCCCAUCUAGACCGCUGAAGCUCUGUGGCUGCGGACGGUGUAAGAAGGAAGGCGUGGCGCAUAUCGUUGGUUGGUCCUCCCAGACAGCCGGGUUUCCGGUCCCCUCCCAAGCGAGGCAGUUUUACGGUUCCUUCUGACCGUUACUGCUCCAUCCUCUUCCUCCUCCUCCGUUGUCGCCUUUUCUUCAGUGUCAAGUCUUCUCGAGGACUCCCCUCUUCGUAGUAGGUGCAAUAGGAAACUGAAAUCAUGACAGACUCCAAAUACUUCACCACCAAUAAAAAAGGGGAAAUUUUUGAACUGAAAGCUGAACUCAACAAUGAAAAAAAAGAGAAGAGGAAGGAAGCAGUGAAGAAAGUCAUUGCUGCCAUGACAGUGGGGAAGGAUGUCAGUUCCCUUUUCCCUGAUGUAGUGAAUUGCAUGCAGACUGAUAACUUGGAGCUAAAGAAGUUAGUGUAUCUCUACUUGAUGAACUAUGCCAAAAGUCAGCCAGAUAUGGCCAUCAUGGCUGUGAACAGUUUUGUGAAAGACUGUGAAGAUCCCAACCCUCUCAUCCGUGCUCUAGCAGUGCGUACUAUGGGAUGUAUCCGCGUGGACAAGAUCACUGAAUACUUGUGUGAACCUCUCCGGAAGUGUCUGAAGGAUGAAGACCCGUAUGUGCGCAAGACCGCUGCUGUCUGUGUGGCCAAACUGCAUGACAUCAAUGCCCAAAUGGUGGAAGAUCAGGGCUUUCUGGAUUCGUUGCGUGAUCUUAUUGCAGACUCCAAUCCCAUGGUUGUGGCCAAUGCUGUUGCUGCCUUGUCUGAAAUCAGCGAAUCUCACCCCAAUAGCAAUCUGCUAGAUCUGAACCCUCAGAACAUCAACAAGCUACUCACUGCUUUAAAUGAAUGCACAGAGUGGGGGCAGAUAUUCAUCCUAGACUGCCUUUCCAACUACAACCCAAAGGAUGACCGUGAAGCUCAAAGCAUAUGCGAACGGGUGACGCCUCGCCUCUCUCAUGCCAACUCCGCGGUUGUGCUUUCGGCUGUCAAAGUGCUGAUGAAGUUCCUAGAGCUCCUUCCCAAGGAUUCCGACUAUUACAACAUGUUGCUGAAGAAACUGGCCCCUCCAUUGGUCACCUUGCUGUCUGGCGAGCCUGAAGUCCAAUACGUUGCUUUGAGGAACAUCAACUUGAUUGUGCAGAAAAGGCCUGAAAUCCUGAAGCAGGAGAUCAAGGUGUUUUUUGUGAAAUACAACGACCCCAUCUACGUGAAACUGGAGAAACUCGAUAUCAUGAUUCGCUUAGCAUCCCAGGCCAACAUUGCUCAGGUUUUAGCAGAACUGAAGGAGUAUGCCACAGAAGUGGAUGUGGACUUUGUACGCAAAGCCGUCCGUGCCAUUGGACGAUGUGCCAUCAAAGUUGAACAAUCUGCUGAGCGCUGCGUGAGCACCCUUCUGGAUCUCAUCCAGACCAAGGUCAACUAUGUGGUGCAGGAAGCCAUCGUGGUCAUCCGAGACAUCUUCCGCAAGUAUCCCAACAAGUACGAGAGUAUCAUUGCCACACUUUGUGAAAACCUUGAUUCUCUGGAUGAGCCAGAUGCCCGAGCAGCUAUGAUCUGGAUUGUGGGCGAAUAUGCAGAGAGAAUUGACAAUGCAGACGAGCUCUUGGAGAGCUUCCUGGAGGGCUUCCAUGACGAAAGCACCCAGGUGCAGCUCACUUUGUUGACUGCCAUUGUAAAGCUAUUUUUGAAGAAGCCGUCUGAAACACAGGAACUGGUCCAGCAAGUGCUGAGUCUUGCUACUCAGGAUUCUGAUAACCCAGAUCUACGUGACCGUGGCUACAUUUACUGGCGACUCCUCUCCACAGACCCUGUCACUGCCAAGGAGGUAGUUUUGUCAGAGAAGCCCCUGAUCUCUGAAGAGACCGAUUUGAUCGAGCCCACUUUGCUGGAUGAGCUCAUUUGCCACAUUGGUUCGUUGGCAUCAGUAUAUCACAAACCACCCAAUGCCUUUGUGGAAGGCAGCCACGGAAUCCACCGCAAACACCUGCCUAUCCAUCACGGAAGUACUGAUGCAGGCGACAGCCCUGUGGGAACCAUGAGUGCUACAAACCUGGAGCAACCUCAGGUGAUUCCAUCCCAAGGAGAUCUCUUGGGUGACCUCUUGAACCUUGACCUGGGGCCUCCAGUGAAUGUUCCCCAAGUGUCUUCCAUGCAGAUGGGUGCUGUGGACCUUCUAGGAGGUGGACUUGAUAGCCUGCUUGGCAGUGACCUUGGCGGGGGAAUUGGAGGCAGCCCAGCAGUGGGACAGACCUUCAUCCCAUCGUCAGUCCCCGCAACAUUUGCUCCUUCCCCUACCCCAGCUGCAGUCAGCAGUGGACUGAAUGACCUCUUUGAACUCUCUUCUGGCAUCGGCAUGGCACCUGGUGGAUAUGUGGCUCCCAAAUCGGUCUGGUUGCCGGCUGUGAAAGCCAAAGGCCUGGAAAUUUCUGGAACUUUUGGCCAUCGGCAAGGACAUAUCUACAUGGAUAUGAGUUUCACCAACAAGGCUCUUCAACACAUGAGUGACUUUGCCAUUCAGUUCAACAAGAACAGCUUUGGAGUCAUCCCCAGCACCCCACUGGCCAUUCACACUCCUCUGAUGCCAAAUCAAAGCAUUGACGUUUCUCUUCCGCUCAACACUUUGGGGCCAGUCAUGAAAAUGGAACCUCUGAACAAUCUUCAGGUGGCUGUAAAGAACAACAUUGAUGUUUUUUACUUCAGCUGUCUUAUUCCCCUCAAUGUGCUUUUCGUAGAAGAUGGCAAAAUGGAACGCCAAGUUUUCCUCGCCACGUGGAAAGACAUCCCAAAUGAAAAUGAACUUCAAUUCCAAAUUAAAGAAUGUCAUCUGAAUGCCGAUACUGUUUCCAGUAAGCUCCAGAACAACAACAUAUAUACCAUUGCCAAGAGAAAUGUGGAAGGCCAGGACAUGCUGUACCAGUCACUGAAGCUUACCAAUGGCAUCUGGAUACUGGCCGAACUACGCAUUCAGCCUGGCAAUCCCAACUAUACGCUGUCUCUGAAGUGCCGAGCCCCUGAAGUCUCCCAGUACGUCUACCAAGUCUACGAUGCCAUUUUGAAAAACUGAUCUGUCAAACCACCACCACUGCCAGCACCUCACCACAUGGGAAACGGAGCGGGGGCAAACUCCACAUCUACUGCCAUCGCCCGUGUGUUGGUGUAGGUCAAGAACAUUCCUUCCCUCGAUCUGGGAAAAGCAGCUCUGUGUUGUGUCCGAGAUCUCAGCUCCAGAUGCUGAGGUUAAACCAAGGUAGCAAGUAGUGUCCACGUGCCGGUAACAGUAGGGGAUGUUGCAUUUGAUACUUUUAGCAUCUGUGAGAAUUUUGUAACCACUCCGCAUCAGCUGUUUUUGCAGUCCUGUGUGCCAUGUCCGUCUCGUUUGUUCCUGUGGCUUCUUCAUCUCGUGCCAAUGCUUUGCAUUUUCUAAACCACUGUCGGCCUCUGGUUAAUAUUUUGUAAUAUGCUUCUUCGUUUUAAUAAAUGCACAUGCACACACACACACAUACACUCUGCCUAGCCAGAGGCAUCUGAGAGAAAACACACACACUGCACUUUAUUAUUCUUUUGUAUUUGCGUACUGCUGAUUAAUUUUUGUAAUGAACCAGCUGUCUACAAUAAGCAGGAAUAAAGGAGGGGCAUUGAAACAAGACUAGUUGUACAACUUUUGCAAGGAAACCAAUGCUGGUUUAUUGAUUUAACCUUGGGAAAUUCGAUUACCUGGUACGAAUUCUAGUUUAUUAUUAUUAUUUAAGGCCUCUCCUUGCCUGCCCUUCCUUAUAGACUGAAAAUCCCCCAUUCACUAAACCUAAUCCUGUGGACACCUGAGGGUUUGUAGCUGAAGAGACAAUCUAUUGCUCUUCGAGCUCCCAGGGAUGAAAAUUGAGAGGCACUGCUGCCCCUGCAUGCAUCAGUCAGCACCACAGCUCCAUAUUCUCUUUUCCUGUGCUGCCGAUUAAACAGCGGGUUCUGAUAGCUUUGUGUAUAUGUGGUCUCUUUGAAAAGAAAACAUGGCAGCCAAGACAGUGGCUUUAGAAGUAAAGAAGAAUAGUAGGUAGCAAGACUGGGAAAAGAAAAAAGGCAGCAGAAAAGGCAGUUUGGUUAUCCUGGCAGUUUAAUCCAGUUACAGUUUCCUCUUGACCUGGAUGUCAAUCUCACUGGGCAAACUCCUACAGUGCCCUUCUUUGCCAUCUCUGUAAUGGAAUCUCUCUGGAAACUUGAAACAGUGAUAUUUUUCUGCCACCACAUAAAUGUGCCAGAUUCAAGCCAUACCCCAGUGUGGCUGAAAUGGGCUCUCCACUCCAACCAUCUUCAUUUCACCACAGUAUAACUUUUAGCAAGGAUCUAUGCCCUUCAAACUUAAAGUUUGUGAAACACGUUAUGUGGAAUUCAGGUCUCACCGUUAGCCCCCUAACAUGUUCUGUCUAAGGAAAGAUAAGAUGGUCUUUUCCCUCCAUGUCAGCUGCCUCCUGGCUUGUCUGCCUUUUUUCUCCUAUGCCCCCAUCUCCAUUGUCCUCUUUCUGGUAGCUGUUUUAUUUCCCACCCAAUCUGGGAGAUGUGGUGUCUAGGAGAUCCUCUGAGUAAAUCCUGCAUUGCAAUUGUGCAGGCUAUUCCCGGGAGACUUCGGUUUCCUCCAUCCACCUACCCCCGCACAAGGAGCAUGCAUAAACUUUCCAGUGGGCUGCUGCAUUGCCUUUGAAACUUGUAUAUAGAACUAGGCCAAGAUAACAUUGUGGGUUUGGUGGAAAAGCCUCUUCUUAUUUGUCGAUGGAGAAUCUCAAUCAUCCAGGUCAUGGUUGUCCCAAAGGUGCUUUUUCAAGAGGCAACUGGACUUUCUUGUUUUUCUUUGAAGACAUUUCACUUCUCACCCAAGAAACUUCUUCAGCUCUGACUGGAUGGUGGGGAAUGGAAGGAUUUAUAUUCCUUGCAGCCAGCUAGUCAUUUGCAUUCUUUUAGAGAGUCUUUGAGGCCACCUGGAGGUUUAUCUGUGUUGUCAGAGUCACCUGUGUAGUGCAAAUGGAUGUGGAGCCUUCUUGGAACUGUUGAAAGGACUGUAGACUGGAAAGAGAUGAUGCCUUAUCCCUCCCCCUCUGUUGAGAGAGGGCUGUUUUGACACAGAUGGCCUCUUUGACACCUCUUUCAAACCAGCGGUCUUCUCUGUCCAAAACAUGGACUUUGCUGUCUUCAAAAGAGUGGCCUUUGUCUUUUAAAUGCAGGUGGACUGCUGAAUCUUGUCCUGAUGGGUUUAUUCUCCUAUGUUGUGCCAUGUUUUUAUGAAGUGGUUGUUUUGUUUCCCCAAUGUACAAUGACCAGCCAUCUGCAAUGAGUAUAAAUCUUCCAUUCCCCACCAUCCAGUCAGAGCUGAAGAAGCUUCUUGGAUGAGAAACAAAACAUCUUCAAAGAAAAACCAGAAAGUCCAGUUGCCUCUUGAAAAAGCACCUUUUGGUCCUUUUCUUAUUUGGAAUUUAAAGAAUCACUCAUCUGUGAACAUAAUAGGCAACUCAGUAGAAUUUACUCUUAAAUUCUGGUCAAACUAUGCCUGUCAAAAUCAGAAAUAUAUAUUUCACUGGGCAAGUCCUUAUGAUCCUAUAGGGAGUCCUUGCUUAAUGACCAUGAUUCAUGAUGCUUUUUGCCAGUUUCUAGCAAAAGUCCCAUUCAAAUUAACAACCACAUUUACUUAAUGACUACUGUAAAAAAAGGCCAGAAAAUAAUUUUUCCAGUCACAUGAGUGCCAUUGCCUCGACUUACGGUGUAAUGACUUACUGGGCUUAAUUACAGUCGUAUAUCAAGGACUACCUGCAAUUCCAUCAUGCUUGCUUCAUAACCACACGAGACCUUGGCUCUUUUCGGUCAGAUAUCUCAGACUGCAUUUCCAAACUCUUAGUUCCUUCAUGAACAUCUUGGGGUUCAUGGCUUAAUCAAGAAGUCCCACUGGGUCGUAAAUGUCUUCAUUGGCUCUUUGCCUGCAUCUUGAAUCUCCUUUGGAAAGUCUAAAGGCUGUGAUUUCAGUGACCUGCAUAGGCAAGCCAAAUUCAAUACCCCUAGCUGACAGAUCAGUAGAACCAUAAUAACCACUUUGUCAUCUGCCUCUUAAUAACUGGGAGUUCUUGAGCAUCCUGCUUUCAGCUUAGCCUAAUUCCUGUAAUAAAAUAACCACAGAUAUGUUUGUGUUGUCAUUGUACAACUGCCAUAUGCUGGGCAAGAGCCGUGAUGGCGCAGCAGUUAGAAUGCAGUACUGCAGGGCUAACUCACUGCUCACUCCAGGAGUUCGAUUCUGAGCGGCUCAAGGUUGACUCAGCCUUCCAUCCUUCCUCCGAGGUGGGUAAAAUGAGGACCCAGAUUGUUGGGGGCAAUAGGCUGACUCUGUAAACUGCUUAGAGAGGGCUGUAAAGCACUGUGAAGCAGUAUAUAAGUCUUAAGGGCUAUUGCUAUUAGACGAUCCAGAAGGCAUGAUGGCAUUGUGUAACUCAGGGAUUCGAAGUUGCAGUGCUAGCUCAAGAUUGUUAGUUUCAUAGCAAAGAGGCCAGUGACACUCUGAAGCUGCAGGAUCCCAAGUCAUGAAGAUUUGUGCCUGGCCCUCAAGGAAGUUGUCCCAGGCAGAGAUCCUCUGACUCUUCCAUGCAGAGCUCCAUUUACUCUGACUUACCAAUUACUUCUGGAUGUACUAAGACUAAGUGAAGUCAUAGAAGACUCCUGCUUCUCCUAGUUUUAAAGGACUUCCUGCCAGAGCUCAAUGCCAAUUCCCAUCGGCAGGGUGGGAUGGAGGAAGGCACAUACAGUAGUUAUCUUUUUGUCAACAUUUAGAUAGUAAAAAGGAUGACCUAGAAACUUAGAACCAUAGCAUUUUCAAGAUGUGUCUCUUGCAAUGAGACAAAUGGAAGCUGUUUUACAAGAAUAAAUGCUUUGGAGCUCUUCCACCUCCAGAUCAGUGAGGUGAAGCCACAUGCCCAACAUCAAUAAAGCUGGUGGCCAAAGACCAAAAUGAAAUAAAAGUAGCAGGCAAGGCCCAGACCUGUUUGAAACUGCUACUGCAUCCAUAUAUUUUUUUUCCUGGUGGACCUGGUGCUGUUAUUCUAUUGACAGGAUGCCAUGAGAUGUGUCCAGAGGGGAGUAGAAGACGAUUCCCCCCCCAUCUAUUCAGAACCAUUCGACCCCUGGGAGGAGGGCGGAAUUGGAUGAUGGAUCUGAGCUUUGCUUUGUAUCAGCAAUAAAUGUAAUUUACACAAUUGGCCGUGUUCUGUCAGGAAUGGCAACGGGAAAGAACUAAGGAAGUGGGAGGCAAGACAUUUAGUGGGAUUCCUACUUUUAGGCUGUAAUACAAGCCAAACUGCUGUUAAGUCUUCCAGUACAGCUGGAGCUUCUUAGUUACUGGGAGAGAUCAGAUUCUUAUUUUGUUUAUUUCCGAUCCAUCCUUCAGGGUAGGAACCUGAGAAACCCUCCUGGAGACAGGUUUGCAUAUAACACAAAACAAUAAAGAGUGAGAUGAAAACCAAAGACUAUAAAAGUUAAAUACCGAAGUUUAAACCCAUUCAAAGGCAAUGACCUCUCUUCUGAACAAAUCCUUGAGCAAUGCAGUACUUCUUUAGGGGAAAGUUUAAAUCAGUAAUACUUUUUUUUUUCUGAUCAGCUUUCCCGUUCAUGUGUCUUACCUAUGUGGUGUGCUUGCUCUCCAUCUAUAAUAACCCAUGGUUAACGAAGGGAUAUAAUAUUUUACUGGCACCAUGGAUGUUCCAUCUAACACAGAGGCCUUCUUUCUACAGCUAAUCUCUUCAACGUGUGAUCCGAUGUUGUGCUCAUCAUACAGUAUAUAUCUGUACUGUAAAGUUUCAAUGGGAUGCUCAUUCCCCCCAAACUGGCUGGUGACAGGGGCAGGGGGUGAGGCAAAGUAAAGUUCAGUACUUGAUUUUUGUCAUUAGAAUGGUGUAGGGAUUCUGCUUUCUGGUGGCUUUGCUUUGUUAUGUUGGCUUGCUUUGGUUAUGCAGAAAUAGAUGUUACAGUGAGUUUAGAUGUUAUGGUGUUACGAUGUUUGUAGUACUGUAACUUGAGAAAAUAUUGCAUAGUUCUUUAAUAUAUGAUUACUGCAAUAGAAACAUUUUAUGCAAAAUAUUGGAUCUCAGGAGACAGAACAUUGGGAAAAUUACAUGUGUGAUUAACGUGCUGCCCUAGUUAACUAAUUAUGUAAGGUGUAAGGGAGGCAGGUGAUGAUGUAGCCAAUUUAUUAAAUACACUGUAUAAAGGUAGGACAAAUAGGAUAAAUUGGGUACAGUCUAUUACAAAUGGAUGGUGUAUGUUCUCUACAAAAUCUUAAGUAUCUCCACACAACAAAUAUACGAUUGGUUUUGUACCUACCGGUCAUGGCUACUCCCAAUAAAUCCUGGUAUUGUAGUUUGA